AUGUGUAGCACCCAACCAAACAUUGAACUAAAAGCUCACCUUAAGAGACAAGCUUACCUUGAAAGAAGACUGGAGAAUGCUGAGAAGCAUAUGGAGGAGAGUUUAGGGGGAUUUAAAGCUUAUAUAAAAAGCAUUGAGAGAACUUUAAAAACCUCCAGACUGCUCAUCAGAAACAGGAAGGUGGUCGAUUAUUCACAGUUUCAGGAAUGUGAUGAUGCAGAUGAAGAUUAUGGAAGAGAUUCAGCCCCUCCAGCUAAGAAAAUUACAUCAUCACCCCGAGAGCCUAAAAACAAGAGGAGGUCUGGAAAAAAUUCACAGGAAGAUAGUGAGGACUCUAAAGAAAAAGAUGUGAAGACCAAGAAGGAUGAUUCACACUCACCAGAGGAUAGUGAAGAUGAAAAAGAAGAUCACAAAAAUGUUCGCCAGCAGCGUCAGGCAUCAUCCAAAGCAGCUUCCAAUCAGAGAGAAAUGCUCCUGGUAGAUGUGGGCAGUGAAGAAGAACAAGAAGAGAAAGAAGAGGCACCAUUCCAGGAGAAAAAUUCUGGCAGCAAUGAAGACUUUCUAAUGGAAGAUGAUGAUGAUAGUGAUUAUGGAAGUUCAAAAAAGAAAAACAAAAAGAUUGUGAAGAAGUCCAAGCCUGAAAGGAAAGAAAAGAAAAUGCCCAAACCCAGGCUAAAGGCUACAGUGACACCAAGUCCAGUGAAAGGCAAAGGAAAAGUGGGGCGUCCCACAGCAUCAAAGGCAUCAAAGGAAAAGACUCCUUCUCCCAAAGAAGAGGAUGAGGAGCCAGAAAGUCCCCCAGAAAAGAAAAAUUCUGCUAGCCCUCCACCAGAAAAGUCUGGGGAUGAAGGGUCUGAAGAUGAGGCCCAGUCUGGGGAAGAUUAAAGUGAUGGUUUGGGGAGAUUUUAUUUAAAAAAAAAAGAGGAAAAAAAAAGAAAUUCUACUUAGGGGUAGAACAUGGUUUUG